CAGAGGUGAAGUGCAUCUGGUGGUGUCGCAUCCUCCCGUCGUCCCGGACUGCACCCGCUGAUAAUCCAGCUAACAUCAUCCAGUCCGUUUCAGACUGUCGGCUCGGCGCGGUCACGUCCCUCCAUCCCCACCCCCCAGAAAGUUUCACAGCUUCGGCUCCUCUGCGGAAGAACGGCCGAUAAAAUGAACGAGAGUGAGCUCAGCUCCGCGCUGGCGGAGUACGACUUCGAGCGGCGCUUCGACGAAAGACGAGCUCUGGAGUGGAUGCAGGAGAACUGGAGCAAGUCGUUCAUGUUCUGCGGCCUGUACGCCGCGCUCGUGUUCGGCGGUCAGCACUUCAUGAGACAACGACCGAAGCUGAACCUGCGACGCCCGUUGGUGCUGUGGUCCCUCAGCCUGGCCGUCUUCAGCAUCAUCGGAGCACUGAGGACUGGACUGUACAUGCUGCACGUAAUCACAAACAGCGGCUUCAGGCAGUCGGUGUGUGACACCAGCUUCUACAGUGCCCCCGUCACCAAAUUCUGGGCCUACGCCUUCGUUCUGAGCAAGGCCCCCGAGCUGGGUGACACAGUGUUCAUCGUCCUCCGGAAGCAGCGCCUCAUCUUCCUGCACUGGUACCACCACAUCACCGUGCUGCUCUACUCCUGGUACUCCUACAAGGACCAGGUGGCGGGCGGCGGCUGGUUCAUGACCAUGAACUACGUGGUUCAUUCUCUCAUGUACACGUACUACGCAGCCCGGGCGGCGGGCCUACGGGUGCCCCGCUUCUGCGCCAUGAUCAUCACGGCCACCCAGAUCCUGCAGAUGGCGAUGGGCCUGACCGUCCUGGUCCUGGUGUACGCCUGGAUGCACGAGGUGCGCUGUCCAACCUACGUGGACAACAUCGCGUGGGGCUCUCUCAUGUACCUCAGCUACUUGGUCCUUUUUGCCUUGUUCUUCUACAACACCUACCUCAAAGGCUCCUCCAGGGACAAAGCGUCCAAGGCCGAGUAGCACGUCUGCAGCGUGCUCGGCGGUCGUAUCGAAGCGUGCCAUAAGUAGAAAUGACCGACAGUGAAGGGUCCAGGGGGUGAGUCAGAAGUAGCUAACUGGUUGCUCAGUCCUCCUCUUUUUAUGACAUUUUCACAUGACUUUUUAUAUAUAUCGUAGCUGAAAACAGUGAUUCAUCCAAGGAUUUAGAGCAGUAGGAAGGACGAGCCGGUUCGGACUGAGCACAGUUUCAUAUGAUCUCUAAUUAGUUGCGAGUCCAGGAUGGAAAUUGAUUAAAGAACGGAAUGGAGGAAGACCACUUUUGUGUUUGACUAAAAUAGUACUUACUUCAUUUUAAUGAUUGCCUUGGUUACUUACACUCUCGACCAGUAAAAACCAGCCGUAUGAGGGCCAAAUGUUUGUCAGAGGCGGUUAACAAAUGUUUGUGUUCGUAUGUUGUCAUGACGACGUGAGUUCUUGAUGUAUACGUUAAAGCUCUGAACUAGAAAAAAAGCUCUUAUGAAUUAGAACUUAAUUAGAGAGAAGUUCAACAUGUUGGGAAAUGUAGUUCUUUGGUUUCUUGUCGAGGGACGCUGGACAUGUUUAGCUUAGCAUAAAGAGCAGCUCUAGGUGGAAACAUCUCACCAGCACUAAAAAUCCUCAGCCGACUAACUUAAAAUAAAUAUCUGAAUUAUUUCUUUAGUAAAAGAAUGUAAAAACAAAUGUUUGUGAGUUUAAUGUGAGUUAUGAUGCUGGAACUACUUCUUGACAAACAGCAGUGUAUCCAUCCGCCCAGCACCUCUGAGCAUGUCUCUAGCUGCAGCGUGGGUUGCCAGAUGUAGCAGGUUUUUGUCGUCUUUACAGAGACGGGGGAACCAAACUGGCAACCUGACUGCAACAAGACAUCAGGAGUAGAAGCACAUGCUCCUCUCGAAAAACACAAAGCGUCCGUUUAACGUUUGUGUUCAUGAGCAGAUGAACGAUACAACAUGUUAAUUAGCAGCUUCAGAGGUGCUGAUAGGUGUGUUAUCAGCAGCUUCCAGUCUCUCUGCUAAGCUAAGCUAAGCUAGCCACGUCCCGACUCCUGAUCUGUGUUCAGCCUACAGGCGUGAAAUUGAAAUCCAUCUUUUCUCAGAAAGAAACCUCGAGUGUGUUUCCCAAAAUGUCCCAGAACUGUUCCUUUAAAGCAGUUUUAGCCUGACUGUGACCUGCAGGACAUGUAGGAUUACCAAAAGGGAACGAAGACCUCACAAUGCACUGAAUCAAACAAGAGUGUUUUCUCAUGUUUAGAUUUAGCAUUUGUAGCACACACCACACACACACACACACACACACACACACACACACACACUACAGUUAGUUGGAGUCGCUGCAGUGAUUAGUCGAUUUUCUGAUCUAAAGAAAAUUAAUUGCCGACUAUUUCACUUUUCCAGCUUCUUCACUUUAAGGAUUUGCUGCGUUUCUUCGUCAUUGUUGACAGUAACUGCAGAGUUUUGAGGUUUCAGACUGUUGUUUUGGACGAAAGAAGACUUUUUUUUUUUUUUUACAUUUUAUGGACUAAUCGAUUAAUGGAUAAUGAGAACGAUCAUUAGCUGCAGCCAUGUGUGGACACAGAAGACUGACGCAUGCUCAUAAGCUCGCUAGGUGUUAUCUUAAAAAAGCCACGCUGACUCAGUGCAGCCUCCACUUCAUGCCUGCGCUCACCACAUGUGAGGCGAUAAGAUCUGAGCGAACGCAUUCUUCAGCUGACAGCCGUCCCACAGCGAAGGCCUUCCAGGAAACGGGUUGUGUAACAUGCAGAGCUGAAGUCCUCCUGUCCCGUCCUCUCUGUUCUGUUGGAGAAAUGUUUACACACUGUGCACACUUGGCCUUCGUCAUCUCACUGGAGGGGUUAGACUGGUCUCCUCCUUUCAGCAGGAGGUGUCAGUAAGGUGUCAGCCAUGUAAACCGUCAGCCACAUGUAGAAAACUGUGCAUACCACCGUUAGCACUGCGCUGUUUCUGUCACAUUCGUGUAAUUCGAGUCUCAGCUGUUGACUUCCACUCCCACAGCCAUAAAGAUAAAGAGACAAAGACACGCCUAUGAUCACCUAUCCGCUUCACCAGACUUUACACCUGCCAAAGAAAAGAGGCAAAGUUUCACUGAUAGUGUCGUAUCAGCGAGGUUCUCCAACCUCUUUACGCAGGACUCAUUAGCAUUCAUCUGCAGGAAUGUUCAGGCCUUAUCGAACAGCAGAAAGGUAGCCAGUGAUUUAGUUUAUCGCACUUUAAUUAAAACAGAUGUUUAGGUUCAUAAAAAGAACAUAAAGGUGCAAAUAAAUUAUUCCUCCAAUGUAAAUAAGAAAAACUUUGAACCCACAAAAUUGAAGGCUAAGUUAAGAUAAAAUCCUCUUAAAUUAAAGGGAGAAUGACUUUGUAACAGUUUAUGAGUGUUUGAGGUCGCUAGAAUUAGCAUGAAAAAAUUAAACAUCCCUUAAUCCCUGUAAUCCUCUUGUGAACCCUCGUGUUUAUCUGGUAGUGGUCUGCAGAGCUUCUGGGUCUGAAAGUGAAGUCAAGUGCCUUAAACCUGCACUCUUUCUAAUGACCAGCAGGGGGCGACGCCGCUCUGCAGGAAGAAAUCUGAUCGUAUGUGAGCGUAUGAGAAAAUGACCCUGCGUCUGACUUGAUUUAUUACCUCAGUAAACAGUUCCUGACGAGUUCGUGGUCUCAGUGAUUCGUUUUACGUCUUCUUCAACGCAGCACGAAGUUCGUUUAGUAAAUUUUGGUCCCAUUUAGAGUCAAAAGAGGCGAUAAAGCAGGGUUUGAUUAGGAGCGUGGCUGCCUUGUGAUUGACAAGUCCUCUGGUUCUCAGUCAGAUCCAAUCAGGAAAGAGGUGUAGCAACAUGUAUCCUCCCCAGCUCCACCCCCUUGUCCAAAUUCCAGCUCCAAAAACCCAACAUGGCGACGGCCAUAAUGCCAAACCUGAGGCUUCGAAACAUUAGCCCACAGUGUUGACAUCACAGCGGGUUUACACUGUCUGACCCCCCAGUCUGGUGUGAGGAAGUGUUUUCUGGAAAUAUUCAGAUUUUUAACAUUCAUGUUUUUUUAUUCAAACACGUCGUCACACACGUGGCUCCUGGAACUUGCUGCCUUUUAUUUGAACGUGCGUCGUAUCGUCCUUCGCUGCUUGUACUCGUGUUUUGCUCCUUCGUCCCGCCGGUGUCGAACUCUUCGUGUGCUGUCAUUAUUCGAACACACCCACCACACUAUAGAUCUGUGUGGGGGGGGGCAGCACCUGAUCUGGUAAUUCCUGAGCUGUGAUUUGAUUUAAAACAGUUAAUUGAUUAAUUAAAUUGUACUUUAUAGUUAAAAUUGUGGGCUGAUGCUUCCACCUGAACGCAUCUUCUGAGCUGCAGAUUGCGACGUGAGGAGGUCAAACAGGAAAUAACGGCGCUGCUGUGAUCGUUCGUGCUGCGUUCAAUGAGCUGCUAACGUACAAAGUGAUGUGUUCAUUGUAAAUAACAAGAAUCUAUUUAUUUUCUUAAUAUAUAACGUUCUUCAGCAGGUGUGGCGUGUACCUGGUCGAUGUUAGAGUGUCUUCAUUAGCAUUUUGUUCCUCUUUCCAUCCAAACCUCAUGUUUGUUUCUUCACCCUCACAUCCGCUGACAGACCGACACCGUUCUUGCCUCUGAUGCGUUUGGAGCUGGGGGGUCCCGGUGAAGGUGGACUUCAGUGUGAUCGCUUCAUGUUGGGAGGAGUUUCAGCUCUUUGUGUUUCAUCGUGAUGCUGUGCUGUAACCUGAUGCCGUCCUUGUUUCCUUCAGGGGUCGAAUCUGUGUCGUGAAGUAAAGAUGUUUGUUCUGCUGAGUCCGUCUUCUUGUUGUGGAGCCGCUGAGGUUUACGCUCGACACGCUGUAGUUUUCCAGCGUUUUGUACGUCACACUGUGAUUUGGUCUCCUCUCUGCAAACUUUAUGCAAUGUUUUACCGACUGUGAGUCAGCAGGCGGCUGCAGACUUAAAUAAUCUGUCAUUCAUAAAUUAUAAUCUCUGGACCCGCAGGAAACCUGUGAGUCUGCAGCUGGAUCACAGGUGAAUAAUGACGUUUCGGCUUUUCCGUGUGACCGAUUCAGGGAGUAAAUGUGUGGAGUCCCCUCUGAGUUACCUUUAACACCGACAUGUCGCCAGCGUGGCCUGAAGUUCACGAGUGUUUCAGUACUUCUCACAACUACUAACCGUGUAGUUUUACUGUAAAACUGAAAGACUGUCAGCACUGAUUCCAGGCCAGGGUUUUACAGCUGAAAGGCCGACCUGUUAGCGCGUUUUAAACUUGAAAUUACUGCGAGUCAUGUGUGCCAACCAUGCUUCUGUUUAUUUUCUGUACCAUGAAUCAGUCGUGUUGCUCUGGUCGUUGUGUCUCCUGCUGUAAAGCAUCAGAAAACACGCUGAUCUCGCUCCUGUGGAUUCUGCUGUCGACUGCAAACGAAGGAACAAAAACAGUUCAAGGGCUUCUGAUGUUGAAAUGUGAAAUACAAUAAAUCCA